AUGGAGUUGGCAGGGCCGGGCACGACCUCCACAGUAUGCAACUUCGUGCUACCGCUGACGGAACUGAUGGCCUCUCUUCCCUGGGACGAGAAGGUGAUAUUGGCAGGUCACAGCUAUGGAGGGUUUUGCAUUUCGCUAGCCAUGGAGAGCUUUCCCGAGAAAGUCGAAGUAGCAAUUUAUGUUGCAGCAUUCAUGCCCAGGCCGGAAAUCCCGCCUGCACUUCUCUUGCAAGAGGUGCAGAUCCAAGAAGACGGGAAUUAUGAUUUUGCAUCAACAACUGGUUGUGCUUUUUUGCUACAAGUAGUGCAGAAAUUAAUUCUGAAUGCUUUGAAUAAUUCUUUGCCCUAUACCGCUGCUGGAGUACAAGCUUAUUGGCAUGGAAUGUAG